UCCUCUCCGGCGGGUGCCGGAGUCUGGGGGCCGCGGCUUCCCCCUCCCCGCCCGCCGAGGCGCUGGCCCCUCCUUCCCCCGCCGCCCCCGUGCCCGCCGCUGCUGCCACUGUCAAAGAUAAAACCGGGCCAUUGCCUGCAGGAACCCUGGCAGCAGGCGAUCGGGUGGUGAGGAGCCUCCGGCGCGGCCUCGCCUCCCCGGCCCGGCUCCCGCGUCAGCACCGUGGACAGCACGGACCCCCUUUCAGGGACCCACCGGUCCGCAGGAGCACGCUUCAGGUUUCGGCGAUCUCAUCAGUACCGCGGACAGCGCCCAGGCCCUCGCUGACCUCGUCCAGCCCACCCGCUCUUGAUAUCAGCACCGCGGACAGCCCCCCUGGAGCAGCCCAGCGACAGCAAGGGACUGGUCAGAACGCCCCGAAGAUGGCCACGGAGGUCCACAAUCUUCAGGAGCUCAGGCGAAGCGCUUCACUGGCCACCAAGGUCUUUAUCCAGAGAGACUACAGUGACGGCACCAUCUGUCAGUUCCAGACCAAAUUCCCUCCAGAGCUGGAUAGCCGGAUUGAGCGGCAGCUCUUUGAGGAGACUGUGAAGACCCUCAAUGGUUUUUAUGCAGAGGCUGAGAAGAUCGGGGGCAGCUCCUACCUGGAGGGCUGCCUGGCCUGUGCCACGGCCUACUUCAUCUUCCUCUGCAUGGAGACCCACUAUGAGAAGGUUCUCAAGAAGAUUUCCCGUUACAUCCAGGAACAGAACGAGAAGGUCUUUGCUCCCCGAGGGCUCCUGCUCACGGAUCCGGUGGAACGCGGAAUGAGGGUUAUCGAGAUCUCCAUCUAUGAGGACCGGUGCAGCAGUGGGAGUUCCAGUAGCGGCAGCAGCAGUGGCAGCGGCAGCAGCAGCGCUGGCGGGGGAGGGGCGGGGGCCCGGUGACUGGCCGAGAGUCCCUGCAGGGAGGUGUACGGCCGGAGCGAGGGGCUGGCAGAUCUACGGAGACUGCGCUACCAGAGCACCCGCUUCUGAGUCUUUCUCUGGGCCCACCCUGCCGUGUGGCGCGGAAGGGAGGGUGACUGCCCGCUGUUCCGUGUCCCCAGCCCUUUGCUCUUGGCAGGAUCUUCUUCUUUCUGACCCUGGACCUUUUUUUUUUUUUCUCCCACGAGGCUGAUCUGGGUCAUCAGAGCCAGAUCUUCCUAGGGUGUCUGAGGUUGGGGUGGGGGACCCAGCUUGGACAAACCCUCUCUUUCCUGCCUCCUUCCCCACUCUAAGGAGGGCCUGGAGAAUUCCCACCCUGCAUGAUACUUCAUCCUUAAAGACUCUUUCUAAAGCCCAAUGCUACUAUGGGCUCCUGCUUGUCAGUGGCCCCAUCUCCUCACUGGGGAGAUGGGUGCCCUGGGAGCUAUUCAGCCGCUCCAAAAGCAGUGUCUUUCCUGUCCUUCACUCAAGCCGAAGGUUCUCUCAGCCUUGCCAAGAAGCACCCAACUCUGAGACUUUGCACCCCACCAGGAACUGAUUUUAAGGGUUCAGCCUAGGACUCUGAUGGGCUCCACUGGGGUACAGUAAAACUCUUUGGAUGAAUGCAGCUGAACAGAGCUUGAACUCCUGAACUGGAGCCAAUUCCCGCAUUGUGUGCAUACAUGUGGAGUGCACUGUGUGCGCAAAUUAUGUAUGUAUGUAUGAAUGUAUGUAUGUAUGUAUGUAUGUAUGUAUGUAUAUGGGUGGCUAAACAUGUACACAUGUGAGUAUACAAGGGUAUGAAUAUGAGUGCCUGUAUAUGUAUGACUGUAAAAGUCAAUGUGUGUAUGUGCACAUGUGUGUGAACCUAUGUUUAUCUGAGUGAAUGAGGGAGAAUGUUAAGUGCAUGUGUGCAACACAUGCAUGCCAAUUAUGUAUGCUUGUGCACAAGUGCAAUGUGUGAAUGUGCAUGUCUAUGUGUAAGCAUGCAUGUGUGUGUGUGUGUGUG